AUGAAUUCAAUUUCAAUCGGGUGGAAAAGACAAGCAGAAGAUCGGGUUAACUUUGGAACAAAAAAUGAACAUGCUGACCAUCGUUCCGUUCGAAAAGUCGUACCUAAGAAACAACAAAAAACGGUGAAAACUGUUGAAACGACUCGCCGAGGACCGAUUUUGCCAAUAAAACGUUUUUCAAACUCUCGUUCCUAUGCUACGUUAUCGGCGAAUACUUCGGCGACUGAUGUAAGUGUAUACCGUCACAGACGACUUUGCAGCGUUCGAGCAGCAGUUAUGACAUUUAUUAUCGUUGUGAUAAUAAUUCUCCUAACUGCUAUUUGUCUUGGCAUCGUUUUUGGCGUUUUGAAAUCUCAGAAUUCAUCCGGAGAUGACAGCAGCAGCAGUAAUCUCAAUUCAUUAAGUACACCGUCUGCAGUAUCAUAUACUAGUAGUAUCAGUGUUGGCAAUCAAAUUGGAUUACCAUGUUCGGGCUACACAGAAAUCAAUGAUCCAACACGUAGUUCUUCUUAUACUGCAAAUAUCCUCAGUUGUGAUAAUGGGCCCCUGUUCAAUACUACUAAUGGCGGAUCUUGGAUUCGAUUUGUUGGUUCUGGAGGAACUACAUUAGCUCUAUCUCCACCGGAUAUAAAUCGCUGUGGUGCUUAUUUACCCAUUUGGUACAAUAAUACAUUGUCGAUACCGCCCAAUACAGUUAUAAACGACAUUGCGUGUGUAUUGGGUUAUACAGAUACAUGUUUGGCGGCGAUUGCUAUAUCUGUGGUAUUGUGUUCUUCUGGUAAUUACUAUGUUUUCUUUUUACCUCCUACCUCUUUUUGUAGCUCACGCUAUUGUACUCAGUGA